GUCAGUUGUGCGCAUGUUUAGUCGAUCCCCUGCAUGUUUUCCUUGCUGAUGUUGCACUAGACAUGUGAAUUUCUCAGUAUUUACAUCUCGUUUUUUCUAAUUGUAGUCAACUUUCCGGUCACCAUGAAGACGAGAUUCACCACCAUGGAUAUCAGGGCAGUUAUUGCCGAGAUCAAUGCUAACUACAUUGGCAUGAGAGUGAACAACGUCUACGACAUCGACAACAAGACGUAUCUUAUCCGACUGCAAAAGCCUGACUGCAAAGCUGUUCUCCUGAUUGAGUCUGGGACUCGAAUUCACUCCACAGACUUUGAAUGGCCAAAGAACAUGAUGCCUUCAGGCUUUGCAAUGAAAUGCCGAAAACACCUGAAGUCACGGCGGUUGACUCAGAUUAAGCAGCUCGGGAUUGACAGGAUUGUUGACAUCCAGUUUGGUUCAGACGAAGCUGCCUACCACCUGAUUAUUGAACUAUAUGACAGGGGUAACGUCAUUCUUGCAGACCAUGAGUACACCAUCCUGAACCUGCUGCGGUUUCGUACAGCGGAGGCAGAAGAGGAUGUGAAGAUUGCUGUAAGAGAGCGGUACCCUGUGGAGAACGCCCGACCCCCUGAACCUCUCAUCAGCUUAGAACGACUCACUGAAAUCCUCAGCAAAGCAUCUAAUGGAGAGCAAGUGAAGAAGGUCCUGAACCCUCACCUUCCUUAUGGAGCCACUCUGAUAGAACACAGUUUGAUAGAGGCCGGACUGCUGGGCUCUGUCAAAAUUGACAGCCAAGUUGAUGCUGCUCAAGUUGCACCUAAAAUCCUCGAAGCCCUGCAGACUGCAGAAACCUACAUGGAAAAGACUGAGAACUUCAGUGGCAAAGGCUUCAUCAUUCAAAAGAGUGAGAAGAAACCAAGCUUAACUCCAGGAAAACCCACUGAAGAACUGCUUACGUAUGAUGAAUUCCACCCAUUCCUCUUUGCCCAACAUGCAAACAGCCCCUAUUUGGAGUUUGAUACUUUUGACAAGGCAGUGGAUGAGUUCUUUUCUAAGAUGGAGAGUCAGAGGAUUGACAUGAAGGCCUUGCAGCAGGAGAAACAGGCUAUGAAGAAGUUGGAAAAUGUUAAGAAGGACCACGUGCAGAGACUGGAGGCUUUGCACCAAGCUCAGGAGGUGGACAGAGUAAAGGGUGAACUUGUGGAGAUGAACCUGUCUGUGGUGGAGAGGGCGCUGCAGGUGGUGCGCAGUGCACUGGCCAAUCAGGUGGACUGGACUGAGAUCGGGAUUAUCGUCAAAGAGGCGCAAGCUGCUGGAGACCCGGUGGCCUGCGCCAUCAAGGACCUGAAGCUGAAGACCAAUCAUAUCACCAUGCUUUUAAAGAAUCCUUAUGUUUCCGAGGAAGACCAGGAAGAGGAAGGGAAAAAAGAUGCAGUGGAGGAAAAAGGAAAGAAAAACAAAAAUAAAGACAAAGGACAGAACAAGAAGUUGCAAGGGAACAAGCCCAUGCUGGUGGAUGUGGAUCUUGGCCUGUCUGCAUAUGCCAAUGCCAAAAAGUACUACGACUUUAAACGCACUGCUGAAAAGAAGGAACAUAAAACCAUUGAAGCGGCAGGUAAGGCUAUGAAAUCUGCUGAGAAAAAAACACAGAAGACACUAAAAGAGGUUCAGACUGUGACCACCAUUCAGAAGGCCAGGAAAGUCUACUGGUUUGAGAAGUUCUUGUGGUUCAUCAGCUCAGAGAAUUACCUCAUAAUCGCAGGAAGAGAUCAGCAGCAGAACGAGAUUAUUGUCAAACGCUACCUCCGGGCAGGAGAUAUCUAUGUUCAUGCUGACCUCCAUGGAGCGACCAGCUGUGUGAUCAAGAACCCCGCAGGUGUCCCCGUCCCCCCUCGUACCCUGACAGAAGCUGGCACCAUGUCUGUGUGCUACAGUGCUGCUUGGGAUGCCAAAAUCAUCACCAGCGCCUGGUGGGUUCAUCAUCAUCAGGUGUCGAAGACUGCUCCUACUGGAGAGUAUCUGACCACUGGAAGUUUCAUGAUCAGAGGGAAGAAAAACUUUCUGCCACCUUCUUACUUGAUUAUGGGAUUUGGAUUCCUCUUCAAGGUCGAUGAAGAGAGCGUGUCUCGGCACCGAGGGGAGAGAAAGGUGAAGACCAUAGAGGAAGACAUGGAGGACGUCUCAUCCAGAGCUGCUGAGCUGUUAGAGGGAGAGGAGCUGAUAGGUGAUGACAGCAGUAAUGAAGAUCAGGGGGAGGAAAGAGCAGAAGGAGAUGGAGAGGUGGAAAAAAAGGUUAAAAAGGCGGAUGAGGGCGAUGAUUCUGCGAGUGGAGAACUGGCUGCUGUUCCUGAGGACGCAGAGGAGGGUGGAGACAGUGAGGAGGAAAAGGAGAUGAAAACUGAAGAAAGUGAAGAGUUCAGCUUUCCAGAUACGACCAUCUCCCUCUCACAUUUACAGCCCAGCAGGAAUACUCAGAACCCUGGUUUUAAAAAGGAAGUGACCACUCAGGGGGAAGUAGACUCACAGGUGACGAAACACGUGACUGCCAAGCAGAGAAGAGAAGACAAGAAGAAGAAGCAGAAACAGGAAGGUUGCGACAUAGAGGAGAAAACUGAGAUUCCAUCUGCUGGCUCAGCAGUCGAUCAGGGAUCCAAAGGUGGAGGAGGUCCCUCCCAGCCGCAGCCGAAGAGAGGCCAAAGGAACAAGUUGAAAAAGAUCAAGGAGAAGUACAAAGACCAGGAUGAAGAGGACCGGGAGCUGAUGAUGCAGCUGCUCGGGUCAGCUGGUUCCACUAAGGAGGAGAAGGAUAAGGGGAAGAAAGGAAAGAAGGGGAAGGGGAAAGACGAACCUGUCAGGAAACCACCCCCCCAGAAACAACCUCCCAAACCUCGUAAUGUGGAGGCAGCAGUGAAAAAAACAGAUACAGCUGGAGAGGAGGGUGAUGAGGAGAGACAGCCCGCAGAGGAGGGAGGUGCUGCAGAACAGGAAGACAAGGAAGACGAUGUGGACCAGGACAACCCCGGAGCAGAGGAAGCAGAGAAUCUGCUCACCUCUCUGUCGGGCCAGCCUCAUCCUGAAGAUGUGCUGCUGUUUGCUGUGCCAGUCUGUGCUCCAUACACUGCCCUUACAAACUACAAACACAAAGUUAAACUGACUCCAGGUGCUCAGAAGAAAGGAAAAGCUGCACGCACUGCAGUUCUCAGCUUCAUGAAAUCCAGAGAUGCCUCAACCAGAGAAAAAGACCUGCUCCGCAGUGUCAAGGAUACUGAUCUAUCCAGAAACAUGCCAGGCAAAGUUAAGGUAUCCGCUCCGAACCUGCUGGCUGCCAAGAGGAAAUGAGGGACGGGUGAACACAGACGGGACCCUGCCCAACUUUAUCUACAUUUCAAGCAGAAGCAUCACAGUACAGCUGUUGAAUAUCAAUCAUUUAUUUUAAUUAUUGAUUGUGUUUGUUGACAUACAAUUUCUUCAAAAUGAAAACAUGUAAAUUAACAAAGCUGAACAGAACACAUCUCAUGGUAUGUGUUUAUUCUGUGAGUAUGAAGUUACAAUAUGCAUUGUGUUGUACAAUACAAAACAUCACGACUAUGUGCAAACCAGGCAAAAUUCAAACAAAGCCCUUCUGACAUCAGGCGUUUCAGUGCAACUUGGCUCGACAUCCAAUACACUCGCAGUAUUUGUAUUUUUUAGUAACGGUUUAAAUAAAAACAAAAUGCUACAGGAGCCACUCCUGAUAAUUUAAAAGCCUCUUUGAGAAUAAAGAACCCAAACAUUUCCUCACAAAUAUAUAAAUACCUCUCUGUAUAUAUAUGUAUAUAAAUAAAAAUUCACAUUUCUGUGA